AUGAGUAGAAAUCUCCACCCCAACUAUGGCCAAACUGGCGGGACCUACAACUACAACUCUGGGCAUGGACAGAGCAGAGACCUGCUAGAAUUCAGACAACCUGACGCUGUAUACAAUGGUCAGAGUGCACAUUCCACUGACGACUUCCUCAACUACUACGAGGAUGCACCUGGAACAAGACCUCUGGAGGUUUUUCAUACCUCGGAUCAGUCGAAUCGCCACGGGGGACCGUCCCGCCGUGUCCCCUCUCAUAAUGUGAAUGAUCCAUUUAACGAACUGUACGAGAUGGGAAACUACUAUCCUCAAAAUCACUACCAAGAUUACGCCCCGUAUGACCAUCCUGAACAUCAUGACUACAACCAGACAUUCGACCAAGCCUUUGUUCCACACACAUAUGACACAGACGACGAAGAGAAGGAGUUUGACCAUAAAAUUCAUUUCACUGAGAUUCAUGGUGACCAUUAUGAUUUGCACACUUUCCGCGCCCCAACUGUUGAGGAUGAUGUUCAAACGGUAUACGAACAAUUGGACUCACCUUUCGAGACAGAGAUUCCUGAGCUUCCAGAACAAGAAGAAGUCAGAGAAAAACCGAAGUUUGGGAUUGCGAAUGGCCACAAUGGACAUUUGGUUUUGGAUUGUCCUGUUGCCACUGAAUUAUUGACAAAGUUCCCUGAUUACAAGCCCAACCUUCCUGAUGGUGGCCUUAGUAGAGAGUUUGCUUACAUGAGAUAUACUGCUGUGACUUGUGGACCAUCAAACUUCUGGAGAGAUGGCUACAUCUUGCGGCCUAUUCACUACCCUGUCAGACGUCAAACUGAAAUGAUGAUUGUCAUCACAAUGUACAAUGAAGAUGACAUUCUCUUGGCACGUACCCUCAAGGGUGUUUUCAAGAAUAUCAAACAUUUGGAGUCUAGAACACGGUCUCAUAUGUGGGGAAAAGACUCAUGGAAGAAAAUCGUUGUUUGUGUCGUUAGUGAUGGUCGGUCCAAAAUCAAUGAAAGAGCUCAAGCUCUUUUAGCUGCAUUGGGUGUCUACCAAGAUGGCUUGGCCAAAUCCAGAAUUGACGAUAAAAAGGUUCGUGCUCAUUUCUAUGAGUAUACUACCAGAGUUGGUAUCUCAUCGGUUGAGGACACUGUCAAGCUUACAACCGAGAAGGUUGUCCCUGUUCAGAUGCUAUUUUGUUUAAAGGAACAAAAUGCAAAAAAGAUCAACUCUCAUAGAUGGUGUUUUGAAGCUAUUUCUCAGGUUUUGGAUCCAAAUAUUGUUGUUCUAUUGGAUUGUGGUACACAACCCAGCGGAAAGGCCUUGUAUCAUUUAUGGAAAGAAUUUGACAAAGAUCCACAAGUUGCUGGUGCCUGUGGAGAGAUUACUGCAUCCCUCAAGAAGCGUCAAAUGGUAACUAAUCCGUUGGUCUAUGGCCAAAACUUCGAGUAUAAAAUUUCCAAUAUUUUGGACAAACCAACAGAGUCUGUCUUUGGGUUCAUUUCUGUCUUGCCAGGAGCCUUUUCCGCGUACAGAUAUGUCGCUCUCCAAAAUGACAUAAGCGGGAGGGGACCACUAGAGAAAUACUUCAAGGGUGAGUUCUUGCAUGGAAGUGGUGAGCUUGAUCCAGAGGACGAUGAAUACGAGCUUAAACGAAACAUGUUGAAAGAAGAAGCUGGAAUCUUCACAUCCAAUAUGUAUCUUGCUGAAGAUCGUAUUUUAUGUUACGAGUUAGUUGCCAAGAGUGGAUCAUCCUGGUUGCUUCGUUACUGUAAAUCGGCCAGAGCGGAAACUGAUGUUCCGGAGGGUCUAGCAGAGUUCAUUCUUCAGCGUAGAAGAUGGUUGAAUGGUUCAUUUUUUGCUGCAAUCUACGCAUUAGUGCACUUUCCAAAGAUUUGGGGCUCUUCUCACAGCAUUGGACGCAAGCUUUGUCUUCACGUUGAAUUCUUCUACCAAUUCAUCAACUUGGUUGUUUCUUGGUUUUCCAUCGGUUCUUACUUCCUCGUUUUCCGUAUCUUGACGACAUCUUUAAGUGCUCCAGACCUUCAUUUCGCACCUGGAAAUGUUCUAUCGGUUGUUUUCCUCUGGCUCUAUCUCGCUUCUAUCGUGACGACCUUCGUACUUAGUUUUGGUAACAAACCUAAAGGUACCGAAAAAUUCUACAUCGUCAUAGUUCUAUUCUUUGCAAUCUUGAUGGUGUAUAUGAUAUUUGCUGCCGUGUUCAUGGCUGUUCACUCGAUUAAAGAGCUCGUCGCUUCACAUACCAAACUUUCUGUGUCGCUAUUUUUGCUGAAUGGUGAAUUCAGAGACUUAGUUGUCGCUACAUCAUCAACUUAUGCUCUCUACUUUCUCGCUUCAUUCCUUUACUUUGAGCCGUGGCAUAUGUUCACUUCUUUCAUCCAAUAUCUUCUCCUCUCUCCUGCUUACGUGAAUGUUUUGAACAUUUACGCGUUUUGUAACAUUGAUGAUGUUUCUUGGGGAACUAAGGGUGACACUGGAGCUAAAGAUUUGGGUGCUGCCAAAGUGAGAGAGGAUGGUACUUUCGAUGUCAAUAUCCCAGUGUUGCAAGAAGAGAUCAAUCAAUCAUAUCUUAACCAAUUGGAAAAGAUUAAGAAACCCCAAGAAGAGGCCAAGUCAUCCAGUAAGCCAUCUAACGAAGAUUAUUACGCCUUUAUUCGUUCGAUGACUGUAUUGGUGUGGAUGUUUUCGAAUUUCCUUAUUGUAGCCUUGGUUCUUGAGACUGGUGGAUUCAACCAACUCGAUUCACGCCCAACAACUGGAAAAGAAAAUAGGUCUGAAAUUUUCCUCACAGUCAUUUUAUGGACUGUUGCCUUCAUGGCUGCUUUCAGAUUUAUUGGAUGCGUCUUUUACUUGAUUCUGAGAUUUUUCGACAAGUUCAGAUCGAGAAAGAGAAAGUAA